CCCCCCCAAUCCCUCCUCCCCCGUCCGUCUGGGUCGAUGGCUCGCCUCCUCUCCCCCCUCCCAAUCACCGCCGUCGCCGCCGUCGCCGCCGUCUCCCCCUCCCGCUUCCGCAUCCCCGCCGUCUCCGUCGCGCGGCGUCAGGCGCUCUUCGGCGGAAGAGUAGGGUUGAGGGUGCCCGCGAGACUGUCAACGAGGGGAGUGAGCGCCGGCGCGGAGGCGGGCGUGCCCGCAGCUCGAGCGGCCGCGGUGAUUAGCCCUGAGGAGGCCGUGGAGUGGGUCAAGAAGGACAGGAGGCGCCUGCUCCACGUCGUCUACCGCGUCGGCGAUCUUGACAAGACUAUCAAGUUUUAUACGGAGUGCUUAGGGAUGAAGCUGCUGCGGAGAAGGGACAUCCCGGAGGAGAGGUACACCAACGCCUUUCUUGGGUACGGACCAGAGGACUCGCAUUUUGUUGCGGAGCUCACUUACAACUAUGGUGUCGAAAGUUACGAUAUUGGGUCUGGUUUUGGUCAUUUUGGAAUUGCUGUUGAGGAUGUCGAAAAAACAGUGGAACUUAUUAAAGCCAAGGGAGGAACAGUAACAAGGGAACCAGGUCCGGUAAAAGGUGGAAAGUCAGUCAUUGCCUUCAUUGAAGAUCCUGAUGGUUACAAGUUCGAGCUUAUAGAAAGAGGUCCCACACCUGAGCCUUUGUGCCAAGUAAUGCUUCGAGUGGGAGAUCUUGAUCGUGCUAUAAGUUUUUAUGAGAAGGCAUUUGGUAUGGAACUUCUUCGCAGGAAAGACAAUCCUCAAUACAAGUAUACCAUUGCUAUGAUGGGAUAUGGCCCUGAAGACAAACAUGCUGUACUGGAGUUGACAUACAAUUAUGGUGUCAAGGAAUAUGAUAAAGGAAAUGCUUAUGCACAGAUUGCUAUUGGUACUGAUGAUGUCUACAAGACCGCAGAAGUUGUUAGACAAAACGGGGGACAAAUAACUCGUGAACCUGGCCCAUUACCUGGCAUUAGUACCAAGAUAACUGCCUGCACAGAUCCAGAUGGCUGGAAAUCAGUAUUUGUUGACAAUCUAGAUUUUCUCAAGGAGUUGGAAGAAUGAGUUUUCAGGAAGAUAUCAUCUUCGUACAGGUUUCACUGGGCUUUUCCCUCGAGUUGCUAGCCCCCCCCCCCCCCCCCCCCCCUCUCACCACAUGAAAUCUUGUAAAAGCCUCUAAGCGAGGUUCGUAGAUAGGUUGUCCAAUCUACCGUGUCAUCACUGGUUGUUCAUAGAGAAUUAGGUUUGCUACUUCUUAUGAUGUAGAUGUGCAAUCCUUUUUGUUAGCGAAGUAAAAUUAUAUGUGCAUUUUAUUCUUCUGACAAGCCAGAAAGUAUUUCCCGAUAUGCAUUUGUUCCUGCAUUCA